UCAAGGUUUUUUUUUAAAGGUUUACAUUUUUUAUGAAUACACAUGUUUCUAGCAGAUCACCCACAACAAAUCAAGUGUUUACAAGAUGUAUUUUUUAAAAUGAUUCCUAAAAAGUUUAAUACUAGUGAACUACUGUGAAGGCGGCAUAUUUUUGUUGGCUUUUAAGUAAUAUCAGUGACCCGUAGAAACUCAGGUAUAAGCUUUCAGUAGACCGAGGUUUGUGAAUUUCACAUAAACAGAUAAAACCAGACAUCUAGGAGGUUUAAUAACAUGGCGGAAACUGGAAAAUUAGUUUUGAUUUCUGUAGACGGAAGUAAACAUGCGGAUUAUGCUCUUGAAUUUUAUUCAAAGCAAAUUAAGGCACCUGGUGAUAAACUGACACUACUACACAUUCCACAAAUGUACUCAAUGAAGGACGCCAGUCCAGGUAUUGUGCAAGAUCUUAUGAAGAGGAUGAAGGCGGCGGCAGAAGAAAUGAAGGCAAAAUACCUUGCCAAAAUGACUGAAUUAGGAUUGCAAGGAGAUGUACAAAUUGGAUUCGGAGAUCCAGGAGAACAAAUCUGUGCAUUUGCAGCUAAAAGUCAUGCUGCUCUGAUAAUUAUGGGAACUAGAGGACUUGGUGCUAUUAGGCGGACAAUCAUGGGUAGUGUUAGUGACUAUGUUCUUCAUCAUGCACAUGUUCCAGUCUUAAUUUGCCACAAUUAAAAUUGUCAUAUCAUUUUUUGGAA